AUGUUAGCAACGAGGAAGUCUCUGAUAGAACUGGAACAGUUCCCCUUUCCCAACCAAUUAAAGCCUGACAGAUUAGAUUCCUGGGCCAUUGUCUUCAGCGCCCUCAGGAGGACCUUAUUUCUAAUUGCGCUCUGUGCCACCCGACACAUGGUAAACCAAGACCUCGUGGACAUAAAAUUCUAUUCUACGAAUGUGCUACAAAACUAAUCAAUCCCGAAAAUCCCCCCUUCCUCACGAAAUUCAUACUUUGGCACAGGACCACAAAGCUUAGAGGCACAUGGAGGUCGACUGUUGGCACCACUGGGAACCCCCAUGACCGCCUCAGCCGAGCUGGGAGAGGUAUUGCAGGACUGAAAUUGGGACAAGCCUGUCCUGGCGUUCUUACCAGAUGAUCUUUCAACUUCUUAAAUACAGUUCAUUGUCCCUGUUGCCAACAAAACAGUACAUUUUUUGUACACAGAUUGAAAAGGCGCUCAGCAAUAAAGGAAAAUCCAGUGAUGAAGUGUCUGUUAUAAGCAGCAGGGCCAAGCAAGUUUUGAAGCUCUUCACAUUCAGUAGUAGCGGCCAUGUUUUGUCGGCUUUGACUUACACAGGAUCAGUCUUUAUUCUGUCAGAUGACACAACAUGUUGAGGAAAGUAAGUUCUCUUCUAAGGAAGUGACACUUGGUAGGCUUCAGUUUCCAAACCAGCAGUCCUUGUAUGAUCAAACACUAACCGCAGGCAGUGGAUGUGGUCUUCAAAGAUGGGCGCCCUGAUGAUAAUAUCAUCGAAAUAUACUAGACAGUGUGUCCAGUUAAGGCCAAUGAGCACCAAAUAAAAGAAAAUUAAUAAAACAAAUCAAGCUAGCGGGUCUGUUUGUCGAUCCAAAAGGCAUAACUCUCCUCUGGAAUUGAACGUUAUGAGUUGAGAAGGUAGUCUUAGGCCUAUCCUCUUAUUUCACUUGCAUCUGCCAGUUCCCAGAGGCACGCACUGAACCCCACCCAAAGGCUCUAACACAUCAUCUGUCUGAUGUAGUGGUAUGGUAUUCUUCUUUGUCAACUGGUUAAGUGUACAGUAUUCAAUGUAGAUAUAGUAUAGUAGUUUCACGGGCUUGCAAUCACUUGUGUGGAUUUCGUAAAUCAGAGCUGUCAUUUGCAAAGAUGACCUCCCAGUGCAUUACCAGGGACAAACACUAUUCUCUUUAGACUCCCGAAAGCCCUUCUAGGUCACCUGGCAAUCUGGACUUCCCUUUUCAUCCUCCUUUGGCUUCUCCCCUUUGGCCACUGGUUUGUUUUUAACUGAACAUGAUGACUGCGGGAAAUUGGCGAAAUCUGGCUUUGGUUGCAGUGAAACAAAUGGCCACCCCACUACUGACAGGGUGCUAUCGGCAACAGGAACAUCUGCCUGUAGUCUCAUGGGCCUGUUUAAGAAGUUAGCAACUCGAACUAGAGUUAGUCCAUCUCUUGGAAUUAUUAAGGUACGGGCUAAGUUGAUUUCAGAUUUGCCUCUCAGUUCCCUUUUCUCCCCUAAGAUCCCCGAAGUACCAGUAUUAUGAUCAAAUCCAUUCCCCAAUUUGUCGUCUAUUAUUUGUUCAGUUGCGGCUUCCACACAAAUUACACAAGAAAUUUCUACAAACACCAGGUGUAACCUUGUAAGAUCUGAUUGAAAGUUGUGGUGUCAUAGUGAGUCUGAAAUUUAAAGUGCUGAAAAAAGUCUGAGCCAAGUAUGAGGUCGUGGGAUUGGCCCUGUACAAACAAUGAAUACUUCUAAAGGAAAGCUAACUUCCGUUUCUUUCAGAACUGUUAAUUUAUUUCCAUUUGCUAUAGUCAGAGUCCCGGUUACUAGCCUCACUUUUGAUUCAAAUCCACUCUUCCUCCAUGUUCCCUCAUUCAAGACACUGCCAGUUUCACUAGUGUCUAGCAAUAUACAAUUCACACUAUGAUUCACAAUUCCUGUGACAUAGAUUCGAGAGUCUGUUGUUGCUGACAGUAUUGUUAUUAACAAAAGCAGGGUUGGUUACCUCAUUAUUGGCGAUUGCUGAUGCUUGGGCAACUGCUUCAAGAAUGAGAGGAACUGCCUGGCCCUUCGGCAGGCCCAAAGCUCUGUUUCCCCUUUGUUUGUGUGGGCCGUUUCAAGUGAGAUCGCCAGGUUCGCGGCAAGCAAAGCAUACCACAUCAUUACGGCACUGCCCAUUAAAGGGUGGUUUCAGCUUUUCAUUCCAGCUCAUUAAUCUUUUCAUUCACACCAUUGGGUAGUGGGGAUGUAAUUCUAUGCGCUGACCACCCAAUCCUUGGCCAAGCGGUAAUUGUCUUACAUCUUGAUUACCCGAACUGUUAUGAGUCUCAAGAUGCUUUCAGUUCAGGCCAUGUAGAGUGCACAUCCCUGCCGCAUCGCUCAGAUGUGGUUGGAAUUCUUGGAACAUUGGAAUUCUUGCCCUAUUUUUAUAAACAUUGCAAUUCCCGCCCUAUCCUUUUGAAAAUAAGAAUUCCCGCGCUGCCCUUCCGAACAUUGUAAAAUUCCGGCCUUAUCCUUUCAAACGUUGGAAUUCCCGCCUAUUCUUUUGAGCAUUGGAAUUCCGGCCCUACCUUUCUUUUGUUGGAAAUCCGGCCCUAUCCUUUCCAACAUUGGAAUUCCAGCCCCAUCCUUUUAAACAUUGGAAUUCUGGCCCUAUUUAUCAACACUGAUCUCCGGCCCUAUCCUUUCAAACAUUGGUAUUCCACCAUCAUCCUCUUUAAAACAUUGGUGUUACGCCCCUUUCCUUUCAAACAUUGGAAUUCCGGCCCUAUGCUUUCAAACAUUGGAAUUCCUGUCCUAUCCUUUCAAGCAUUGGAAUUCAGGCCCUAUUUUUAUGUAAAUUCGCGUUUUGGCCCUAUUUCUAUAAAUAUUCGAAUUCUGGCCCUAUCAUUUCAAACGUUGGAAUUCCGGCCCUAUCCUUUCAAACACUGGAAUUCCGGCCCUAUCCUUUCAAACACUGGAAUUCCGGCCCUAUCCUUUUUAACAUUGGAAUUCAGGCCCUAUCCUUUCAAACACUGGCAUUCAGGCCCUAUCCUUUUUAACUUUGGAAAAUCCGGCUCUAUCCUUUUUUAACACUGGAAUUCCGGCUCUAUCCUUUCAAACAAUGGAAUUCUGGCCCUAUCCUUUCUAUCACUGGAGUCCUGGCCCUAUCCUUUCGACCCUUGGAAUUCCGGCCCUAUCCUUUUUAACUUUCGUAAUCCUGCCCUAUCCUUUUUAACUUUGGUUAUCCGGCCCUAUUCUUUCUUACAUUGGAAUUCCGGCCCUAUUCUUUGUAACAUUGGAAUUCAGGCCCUAUCCUUUCUAACAUUGGAAUUCCGGCCUUAUCCUUUCAAACACUGUAUAUAUUUCCCUAUCCUUUUUAACAUUGGAAUUCAGGCCCUAUCCUUUCAAACACUGGAAUUCAGGCCCUAUCCUUUCAAACACUGGAAUUCCGGCCCUAUCUUUUUUAACAUUGGAAUUCAGGCCCUAUCCUUUCGAACACUGAAAUUCCGGCCCUAUCCUUUUUAACAUUGGUAUUCAGGCCCUAUCCUUUCAAAACACUGGCAUUCCGGCCCUAUCCUUUUUAACAUUGGAAUUCAGGCCCUAUCCUUUCAACAAUGGAAUUCCGGCCCUAUCCUUUUUAACAUUGGAAUUCAGGCCCUAUCCUUUCGAACACUGGAAUUCCGGCCCUAUCCUUUUUAACAUUGCAUGGAAUUCAGGCCCUAUCCUUUCUAACAUUGGAAUUCCGGCCCUAUCCUGUUUAAAAUUGGAAUUCAGGCCCUAUCCUUUCAAACACUGGAAUUCCGGCCCUAUCCUUUUUAACAUUGGAAUUCAGGCCCUAUCCUUUCAAUAACUGGAAUUCCGGCCCUAUUUUUUUUAACUUUGGAAAAUCCGGCUCUAUCCUUUUUAACAGUGGAAUUCCGGCCCUAUCCUUUUUAACAUUGGAAUUCUGGCCCUAUCCUUUCAAACACUGGAAUUUCGGCCCUAUCCUUUUUAACUUUGAAACAUCCGGCUCUAUCCUUUUUUAACACUGGAAUUCCGGCUCUAUCCUUUCAAACAAUGGAAUUCUGGCCCUAUCCUUUCUAUCACUGGAGUCCUGGCCCUAUCCUUUCGACCCUUGGAAUUCCGGCCCUAUCCUUUUUAACUUUCGUUAUCCUGCCCUAACCUUUUUUAGCUUUCGUAAUCCGGCCCUGUCCUUUUUAACAUUGCAAUUCCGGCCCUAUCCUUUCAAACACUAGAAGUCCGGCCCUAUCCUUUCUAACAUUGGAAUUCCGACCCUAUCCUUUCUAACAUUGGAAUUCCGACCCUAUCCUUUCUAACACUGGAAUUCCGGCCCUAUUGUUUGUAACAUUGGAAUUCUAGCCCUAUCCUUUCAAACACUGCAAUUCCGGCCCUAUCCUUUCAACCACUGGAAUUCCGGCCCUAUCCUUUUUAACAUUGGAAUUCCGGCCCUAUUCUUUGUAACACUGGAAUUCCGGCCCUAUCCUUUUUAACAUUGGAAUUCCUGCCCUAUCCUUUCAAACACUGGAAUUCCGGCCCUAUCUUUUUUAACAUUGGAAUUCCGGCCCUAUUCUUUGUAACAUUCGAAUUCUAGCCCUAUCCUUUCAAACACUGGAAUUCCGGCCCUAUCUUUUUUAACAUUGGAAUUCGGGCCCUAUUCUUUGUAACAUUGGAAUUCUAGCCCUAUCCUUUCAAACACUGCAAUUCCGGCCUUAUCCUUUGUAACAUUGGAAUUCCGGCCCUAUCCUUUCUAACACUGGAAUUCCGGCCCUAUUGUUUUUAACAUUGGAAUUCUAGCCCUAUCCUUUCAAACACUGCAAUUCCGGCCCUAUCCUUUAACCACUGGAAUUCCGGCCCUACCCUUUUUAGCAUUGGAAUUGCGGCCCUACUCUUUGUAACACUGAAAUCCCGGCCCUAUCCUUUCAAACACUGGAAUUCCGGCCCUAUGCUUUCUAACAUUGGAAUUCCGGCGCUAUCCUUUCAAACAGUGGAAUUCCGGCCCUAUCAUUUUUAACAUUGGAAUUCUGGGUGUAUCCUUUCAAACACUGGAAUUUCGACCCUAUCCUUUUUAACUUUGGAAAUCCGGCCCUAUCGUUUUCAACAUUGGGAUUCCGGCCCUAUCAUUUCUAACAUUGGAAUUCCGGCCCUAUCCUUUCAAACAGUGGAAUUCCGGUCCUAUUCUUUUUAAUAUUGUAAUUCCGGCCUUUUCCUUUCAAACACUGGAAUUCCGGCCCUAUCCCUGUUAACGUUGAAAUUCCGGCCUUAUCCUUUCAAACACUGUAUAUAUUUCCCUAUCCGUUUAAACACUGGAAUUCAGGCCCUAUCAUUUCUAACAUUGGAAUUCCGGUUCUAUCCCUUUUAACAUUGGAAUUCCGGCCUUAUGCUUUCAAACACUGGACUUCCAGCCCUAUCCUUUUUAACUUUGGAAAAUCCGGCUCUAUCCUUUUUAACAGUGGAAUUCCGGCCCUAUCCUUUUUAACAUAGGAUUUCCGGCUCUAUCCUUUCAAACACUGGAAUUCCGGCCCUAUCCUUUUUAACUUUGGAAAAUCCAGCUCUAUCCCUUUUUAACACUGGAAUUCCGGCUCCAUCCUUUCAAACAAUGGAAUUCUGGCCCUAUCCUUUCUAUCACUGGAGUUCCGGCCCUAUCCUUUCGACCCUUGGAAUUCCGGCCCUAUCCUUUUUAACUUUCGUAAUCCUGCCCUAUCCUUUUUAACAUUGCAAUUCAGGCCCUAUCCUUUCAAACACUGGAAUUCCGACCCUAUCCUUUCUAACAUUGGAAUUUCGGCCCUAUGCUUUGUAACGUUGGAAUUCUAGCCCUAUCCUUUCAAACACUGCAAUUCCGGCCCUGUCCUUUCUAACAUUGGAAUUCUGGCCUUAUCCUUUCAAACUCUGGAAUUUCGGCCCUAUUUUUUUUUAACAUUGGAAUUCCGGCCCUAUUGUUUUUAACAUUGGAAUUCUAGCCCUAUCCUUUCAAAAACUGCAAUUCCGGCCCUAUCCUUUGAAACACUGGAAUUCCUGCCUUAUUCUUUGUAACAUUGGAAUUUUAGCCCUAUCCUUACAAACACUGCAAUUCCGGCCCUAUCCUUUCAACCACUGAAAUUCCGGCCCUACGCUUUAACAUUGGAAUUCCGGCCCUAUUCUUUGUAACACUGGAAUUCCGGCCCUGUCGUUUCAAACACUGGAAUUCCGGUCCUAUUAUUUCUAACACUGGAAUUCCGGCCCUAUCCUUUCAAACAGUGGGUUUCCGGCCCUACCAUUUUUAACAUUGGAAUUCUAGCCCUAUCCUUUCAAACAGUGGAAUUCCAGCCCUAUCCUUUUUAACAUUGGAAUUCAGGCCAUAUCCUUUCAAACAGUGGAAUUCCGGCCCUAUCCUUUUUAACAUUCCAAUUCCGCCCCUAUCCUUUCUACCACUGGACAUCCGCCCCUAUCCUUUCUAACACUGGAAUUCCUGCCCUUUCCUUUCUAACACUGGAAUUCCAGCCCUAAUCUUUUAAACACUGGAAUUCCGGCCCUAUCAUUUUUAACAUUGGAAUUCAGGCCCUCUCCUUUCUAACACUGGAAUUCCGGCCCUAUCCUUUUUAACAUUGAAGUUCAGGCCCUAUCCUCUCAAGGAUUGGAAUUCGUGCCCUAACGUUUCUAACAUUAAAAUUCCGGCCCUAUUAUUUCACACACUGGAAUUCAGGCCUUAUUCUUUCAAACAUUGGAAUUCCGGCCCUAUCAUUUUUAACAUUGGAGUUCAGGCCCUAUUAUUUCAAACACUGGAAUUCCGGCCCUAUCCUUUCAAACAUUGGAAUUCUGGCCCUAUCCUUUCAAACACUGGAAUUCAGGCCCUAUCCUUUCAAACACUGGAAUUCCGGCCCUAUCCUUUUUAACUUUGGAAAAUCCGUCUCUAUCGUUUUUAACAUUGGAAUGCCGGCCCUAUCCUUUCAAAGAAUGGAAUUUCGGCCCUAUUCUUUCUUACAUUGGAAUUCCGGCCCUAUUCUCUGUAACAUUGCAAUUCCGGCCCUAUCCUUUCAAACACUGGAAUUUCGGCCCUAUCCUCUUUAACAAUGGAAUUCCGGCCCUAUCCUUUCUAACAUUAGAAUUCCGGCCCUAUCCUUUUAAACACUUGAAUUCCGGCCCUAUUCUUUCUUACAUUAGAAUUCCGGCCCUAUACUUUCUAACAUUGGAAUUCCGGCCCUAUCCUUUCUUACACUGGAAUUCUGGCCCUAUCCUUUCUAACAUUGGAAUUCCGGCCCAAUCCUUUCUAACUUUGGAAUUCAGGCCCUAUCCUUUCUUACAUUGGAAUUCUGGCCCUAUCCUUUCUGACACUGGAAUUCCGGCCCUAUUCUUUCUUACAUUGGAAUUCCGGCGCUAUCCUUUUAACCAUUGGAAUUCCUGCCCUAUCCUUUUUAACAGUGGAAUUGCGGCCCUAUCUUUUUAACCAUUGGAAUUCCUACCUUAUCUUUUCAAACACUGGAAUUCCGUCUGUAUCAUUUGUAACAUUUUUAUUCCAGCUCUAUCCUUUCUAAUAUUGUUAUUCCGGUCUGAUCGUUUUUUUACCUUGGUAUUCGGGUCCUAUCCUUUGAAACAUUUCAAUUGCAAUUCAUUCCUUUCAAUUAUUGGUUUUCACCACUUUCCUCUUUCUAACAUUGGUAUUCCGGCCCUUUUCUUUCAAACACUGGAAUUUUGGCCCUCUUCUUUCAAACAUUGGACUUCUGGCCCUAUUUUGAUAAUCGUUUUUAAUUCGUGUAUUCGAAUUCUGACCCUAUUUUUAUUAACAUUGGAAUUCUGGGCAUAUUUUUUUAUAAACAUUGGAAUUCCGGCCCUAUCCUUUGAAACUUUGUAAUUCUGGCCUUAUUUUUGUAAACACUGGAAUUCCAUCGCUAUCCAUUCAAACAUUGGAAUUCUUGCCCUUUCCCUUUGAACACUGGAUAUUCUGCCCUAUCCUUUCAAACAUUGGAAUUGUAGUCCUAUCCUUUAAAACAUUGCAUGGAAUUCCGGCCCCAUCCUUUUGGACAUUGGAAUUCCUGCACUCUCUUUUCAAACAUUGGAAUUCUGGCCCUAUCCUUUCAAAGAUUUGAAUUCCAAUCCAUUCCUUUUAAACAUUGGUAUUCGGGACCUAUCCUUUCGAACAUUUGAAUUCUGGCCCUAUUUUUGUUAACAUUAAAAUUCCGGCUCUUUGCUUUUAAACAUUGGCAUUCCGGCCGUAUCCUUUCAAACAUCGGAAUUCUGUGCCUAUAUUUAUAUACGUUGGAAUUCUGACCUUACCCUUUCGAACACUGGAUUUCUGAUCUUAUCCUUGCAAACAUUAGCAUUCUGAUCUAAACCCUCCAGAAAUUUCAAUUCUUAUAUUAUCCUUCCAAACAUUAGAAUUCUUUCCCUGUCCUUUUUAAAGAUUGUAAUUCUGAUCUUAUCCCUCCAAACAUUUGAAUUCUGAUCUUAUCCUUCGAAAUACUGGAAUUCUGGCCCUAUCCUUAUAAGCAUUGGAAUUCGGAUGUUUUCCUUUCAGACAUAGACCUUAAGAGAGAUCUUGUAUCUUUCUGUCAGGAUACCCAAUUUUACCCUUUUUAUCCAGGCCGAAGCCUAUGACGCAGGUUGUACCGAGUUACAUGGUUAACCGGUAGCAGGCAAGGCACACCUGACCUGACCCUCCAAACGUUUGAUUCUGUCGUCACUCCAAACAUUUGAAUACCGAAUGUCAUCACUACAAGCAUUUGAAUACCAAUGUCAUCGCUCCAAACAUUUGAAUUCCGAAUGUCAUUAUUACAAACAUUUGAAUACCGAAUGUCAUCACUUGCAACAUUUGAAUUCCGAAUGUCAUCACUUGGAACAUUUCAAUACCGAAUGUCGUCACUCCAAACAAUUGAAUACCGAAUGUCAUCACUACAAACAUUUGAAUACCGAAUGUCGUCACUCCAACCAUUUGAAUACCGAAUGUCGUCACUCCAAAUAUUUGAAUAAAAAAGAAAAUAAUGAUCUGGAGGUAGCACGUCCACAAAGUAGUUCUUCGUCUACCUGAUUACUUGGCGAAUUGGAACUUGGAAAUGUUGGUUUUCUGGGAGAGGGAAAGCUGGAGUACCCAGAGAAAAACCUCUCUACAUACAUUUGAAUUCCGAAAGUCAUUACUCCAAACAUUUGACUGCCGAAUGUCAUUACUCCAAACAUUUGAAUUCCGAAUGUCAUCACUCCAAACGUUUGACUACCGAAUGUCGUCACUCCAAACAUUUGAAUACCGAAUGUCAUCACUCUAAACAUUUGAAUUCCGAAUGUCAUCACUCCAAAGGUUUGACUACCGAAUGUCCUAACUCCAAACAUUUGAAUUCCGAAUGUCGUCAAUCUAAACAUUUCAAUUCAAAAUGUUUUAACUCCAAACAUUUUUAUUCAGAAUGGGGGAAUUUCAACCACUUGAAUUCAGAUUUAUUUAGCUUGUCAUAUUUGAGUUAUUUCUGUAUAAUUACACGAUAAUAAUGCAUUAUUUUACCAGCUGUACUUGGUUUUACUGGUUUGCAAUCUAAUCAUGAUAUUUUUGUAUUUCUUUUUUUCUUUUUCUUUUUCAGUUAUAGCUUGGAAUUCCAACUUCGUUUGUAUAAGGUUCAUAGACAAGAAAAAUAGAGAAGGACACGGAAUUUAAGGGCACUAUAAAGUAUGUAUUGUUCUUCAAUCGUUUCACGGGUCCGUACAUUAUGUAUUUCUCUUAGAUCUACCCAGUCUCCAAGAUAUCAGUCACUGACGCUGGAGGGUACCCUGUGUUUAUUAUCCACUCCAGGGUGAUCCCUAGUUCCACCUGGUCUGUACUCCACCCAGGAGGGCCAGCCCUCCCGGUUCCCCUUAGUUCCUAGUGACUGGGGGAUAUGGGCCUCACCCCCGGAGACUGAUCAGGACUCCUGUCCAGGGUGGCUACCCCUGGUACCACUCGAUUCUUGUCUUCCCCAGGAGGGCUUCUUCCUAGUCCCCUUACCCCUAGAUUUAAGCGCUUCCCUGCCCCCAGUAUUUUUCCCAUUAGUUUUCUUGUGUGUUUUCUGUGUAGUGUGCAGCGUAGAACCUUUAUGCGAAACCAUCCACCGAUCGGAAGAUGUUAUUAACGAUUUGCCUAGUCCCUAGGCCUUAUUAUUCCGCGCAAAUUAACGAUCAGUUUUAAAACCUUUAUGAUACAUAGAAAAGGAGCAAGGAAAGAUCUUAUGAUCCUCUCAAUUUCUCAAGGCAGAUUUAAAUUCAUCGUCAAAGAUUUAUAGUUAAUGGUCACUUAAAGCCUGUUAUGUAUGUCUGACCAUAGCUGAGUUUUCAUCACACGUGAGCUAGUUUUGGUGUGGUAAAUAAAACUAGGCUGAGAAAAGAGCCGACAUUUAGCGACGCCACAACUACUUUCUCCGUGAAAUGACGUCUGAGAUACAAGCGCAGAAAUUCCAUACUGAUGACGCAUCACUAUCCAUUUCUCGGUAGUGUUUCUGAUUGGCUGAAGCAAAUUUCCCUCGCAGCACGACCAAUCAGAAACACUAUAGAUCCGGGUAGUGACGCGUCAUUAGCAUGGAAUUUCUGCACUUGUUUCUCAGACGUCAUUUCGCGGGAAAACUAGUGGUAGGGUCGCGAAAUGUCUGCUGUUUUCUCAGGAUAGAUUAUUACUUGCAUUUCACAAACCUUUGGCUUCCUAUAAUAUUAAUUUUCUUUUUUCCUUUCGUUGUCUGAUCACUGCAUCUUUCCAUUGCUAAUUUUUUAGAAGUGGAAUGUUUUGGUCUAUGGUUGAGCAUGAAUCUGAAGAGUUAAUAAAUUUUUUUAAGAAAUCUAAUAGCUAUUUUGUCUUUAUCGUGCUUACGACCCUGUUGAGUAAACCUGAAGUCUGUUUGUUGCUUUUUAGGCUUAAUCGUAGUGAAUGCAUGGUAUGGUCAUUUAGUAUCCAUGGGAGAAAGGUAAGACACAAAACCAACGAUUCACGGACUGUAUCGUAUUGCAUCUUAAAACUCUUACAAACUUUUUCUUUUUUGUACUUAAAGUUCACAGGACGCUCGUCGAGGUCCCAGUAAAGUGAUCGGUAUUACGGUUCAAGUUAAAGAUUCACGACUCUUCCUCACUGAGUCUUCAAAGGUGCGAAAGCCGUCGCCCAGCGCGGGAAAGUUUAUGCUAAACGUCACGGUUUUGAUUGUUUCUGAUUGGUCGAGAAAGUUACGCGCUAUGAUUAGACAGUCGCAAGGUGUGACAAUAGAGCCUUUCACGGUUUUGUGAAAAUUUUUUACAUGGCCUAGUUAGCGAAAAUCCGUCGCCACCGCUGAAAAAGGAAACCUAAAAAGUAAAAUUGCCAAGUUUGAGAGUGAUUUGUCAGAAUAGAACCAAGAUAUACUUGUAGCUCGGCAGAGUCGUAAAAUUUUACAAAUGUUUGUAUGAUGGGUUUGUAUGAGGGCUGUGAAAUUUCGGAACUUUAGGGAGUUAUAUCAAUGCUCGCCUUCAACCUACUACUUUCAAACUUGGCAAGUUUAUAAAUUUUAAAGCACUCUUUUAUUUGUUAUUUUUGGCACCUCUCCACUUUAUGAUUGGUCGUGCCAAAUCGUGUCACUUUUCAAGCCAAUUAGAUCAAACUAGAACUAAUCAUGGCUUGUUCCCACGUUUCCUGCGUUUUUCAUAGAUUCAGCCAGAUCCCAAAGGUUUUUUCAUUGUUUUUUUUUUCUGUAACCUCUAAUUGGCCUAACGUAUUUUCUUUGUUUGAUGUGAUUGGCUAAUAUAAUUAAUUGAACUGAAAGUCUUUUCUGUAACACCUGUUUUCGAUGUUUUGUUUGUCUCUUUCAGAGUGAUUUAAGUGGAUUUUACGAUCCGUGUUGUAACGAGGAAAAGAUGCUGCAAAUAAGAUAUUUGUUCAGGGAAGCGGUUCACGAAGUGACAGUCGGUGAUAAUGAAGCUGUUUAA